AACAUAGCAUUUUUUAAACUUAAGAAAAAAUAGCUGGGGAAGGGGAAAGGCUUCAUCAUGCUCCUCGGAGUGGACUUCCCCACAGACAGCAAGAGUUUAUUUUGCAGAAGGCAGCCUCAGUCUCAAGACCUCGCCAGAAGACUCUCUCAGCAUCACCUGGGAUUCUUCCUCGGGGCUGACUGCCCAGCCCCUGCCUUUUCAGGCUUCUGCUGGGGAAGCAAUUUGAGUCUGAAUAUUAUUACCAUAUCAACACAAGCCACCAAGACUGUUUCAAGCCUUGAAAAACUAUGCCUGGCACUAGCUACGUGAAAAGACCUGUCCAGCCAGGUAACUACAGCAUGCUUACCACCAACCAGGUAUUUUUCCCUCCUAUACCCUCUGGACAGCAAACGUUUCCAGUUCGAAUUCGAAGAAAAGUCGCACCAUUGGAAUGCCAGAUUCAUACAGGCCGUUUCACUAGCACAGACUUUCGUACUGUGCAUAAGGAAGCCUAUGAUAGCUGGGAUCCAAGCAACUAUCAGCAGCCGGUAAAACCUAUGCACCUGAAAGAUGAGCUUACCAAUAUGUUCAGGAACAGCAAAGCCAAGUUUGAUGAUUCCACUGUGACCAAGGUCUCUUAUCCACCACACUUCAAAACCAUAAAAGUAGCUACAGCCAAACAGCCCACCAGCAUAUUCAGAGUUCCUCAAGAGAAGUUUCAAGAUGUCACCACCAAUAAGCAAUUCUUCCAGAAGUGGGAAGUCCAACCCCGAAUCCGCUAUGGAGAUAUGCAUAAUGAGGUCUAUGUUAAGCCUACGCUGCCAUUUGAAAGCUUAACCACCACCAAAAGCACUUUCAUUCCUACAAUUGCCCAAAAGGUGAAGUUAUUCAAAGCAAACAACAGUAUCAAGAUUGAGGGAAACCAUGACUUCUCCACUGUGUACAAGGAGGCCUACAGGUAAAAAGCAAGGGCUUAAAAAGUCAUUCCUAUAUACACCAGAAAGUUGGUAUGUCACAGAGAAAACCAGCAUUCCUUGGGGAAACAUGGGUCAACUCCAAAACUCAGACCUAUGACUUCUCUGAAUAUUCUUGCAGGCC